AUGAACAGGGCAAUUGCGAACUACUUGUCAAGAGAUCUUCCAUAUGAUUUAUCACCAGAAGAUGUAUAUGUUACUGCUAGUUGCACACAAGCUAUAGAAAUAACAAUGUCUAUUCUUGCAAAAACAAAUUGUAAUAUUUUGCUACCAAGGCCUGGCUUCCCAACUUAUGCACUUUGUGCUGCUUUUAGAAAUGUUGAGGUUAGGUACUAUGAUCUUGUACCUGAAAAUAAUUGGCAAGUUGAUUUGAAGGCAAUCGAAGAUCUUGCUGACCAAAAUACUAUUGCAAUUGUCAUUAUAAAUCAUGGGAAUCCAUGUGGAAAUGUAUACUUCUAUGACCAUUUGGAGAAGAUCGCAGAAACCACAAAGAGAGUGAAGACGCUUAUCAUAGCAGAUGAAGUGUAUGGACAUCUUGCAUUUGGAGAAAACCCUUUCAUAUCAAUGGGAUUAUUUAGUUCAAUAACACCAGUAUUAACCCUUGGUUCAUUGUCUAAGAGAUGGUUAGUUCCUGGUUGGAGACUUGGAUGGUUUGUCAUUAACGAUCCUAAUUGUAUCUUCAAAUCCCCUAAGAUUGUUGAACGUAUCAAGAAGUAUUGCGAUAUAGGUGGAGGUCCUGGAACUUUCAUACAUGCAGCAGUCCCCAAAAUUAUUGAAAGCACCAAAGAGGAUUUCUUUAGAAAUACACUCAAAAUGCUUAAGAAGAACUCAGAUAUAUGUUACGAAAAAAUAAAGGAUAUUCCAUGCAUCAAUUGCCCUUAUAAAUCUCAAGGCUCAAUGUUUGUUAUGGUGAAGCUCAAUUCAGCCAACCUCCAAGAUAUAAGUGAUGAUAUUGAUUUCUGCUUUAAGCUUGCCAAGGAGGAAUCUGUCAUUUUACUUCCUGGAACUGCUGUGGGAUUAAAGAUUUGGCUUCGAAUCACAUUUGCAGUUGAACCAUCUUUUCUUGAAGAAGGAUUAAGAAGACUCAAAUCUUUUUGCCUCAAUAAUGAGCUAAUUUUAAUUGCUGCUAAUUUUAUGUAUUAUAUUUUCAUUUUCUUGGCUAGUUUGGUGGAUAAAUUUGAAAAGAAAUAUUUUUGGAUUUCUGUUGUAUAA